UGUUAUCCCUAUAGCCGCCUAGAUAUGGUUUCUAUUUGGUAAAAGGUUCCGAGUAGAUAUUUUGAUUUAAUUAUAUGUUUGAUCACAUACUUGAUGAUCUCUUUGGUGUUUGACCAUAUGCUCAUCGUUGAUUAAAUAUAAUUAUAUUGAAGCAGUUUCAAGUAGUUGACAUUUUAAUUUUUGAAUCCUUCUUGAUGAGAAAUUAAAUAUUUGAUUAGCAAUCGAUUAACCAUCUUCAUUUAAUAAAAAGUUACACCUUUACAAUUAUUAUUUUAAAUUUAGAAGAUACAAAAUUUUUCGAAUCCAUGAGUGAUCAGAUUUGUUAUUACGAUCCUAAGAAAUAAAAACCGCAGAACGUGAUUUACGGAGCUUAUGGUAAAGGAUCGUUGCAAACCCAUCGGUUGAGUUCUGGCAUGGCUACAUGGUUAUCUAACGACAACUUAAUCUUUUUUUUUGGCCACUCUUGCCCGGCAUGAAUGUCCUUCAGUUGUAUGGUGUAUGUUGCUUAAAGCUUAAAGACGCACAUCAAGUGCUCGACGAAAUGCCUGAAGAGCUUAUGUCUCUUCUAAGUUGCUAUUUAUCUUAUUUUCAUGAUGGACACGUGGAUGUUGCCAAAAAUGUGUCUACAUCUACUACUGUGAUUGCUGGGGCCUAUCAAGAAAAUUUCUCCAGACAUUGAAACUGUUUAGGAAGGUGAAAUUGAUACAUUACAUUAAUUAUUUGUAAAAUAAAAUUAAAAAUUAAAAAAAAAAAAAAAAGUUUCAAUUCAAUGGUCCAGAUCAAAGAUUGCUGACCAGGUUCUAUUUUUGUAGUCAAUGUCAAUAAAAUCAGGGAGGCCGAAAAAAGGAAAAUCAAAUGUCAAUCUGAUGAGAUCAUAUGUAUCUUUGACAUCAUUAAUUAAUUACUCCUUUCUCUUUCGAGCUCUUGUUUUAACAGAACUCCAUUUUCUUUCUUCACCUUGUCACGGUUUUAGUGUGUCAUACGGAUGAAACAACAGCUGUAGCAAAUUUGAAACUUUCUGUUCUCAAUGGCGAAUAUCAGGGUACUUUCAUUUUUGCUACUGAUAUUACUUAGCUUUCAAAGCCUUUUAACAGCACAUGAAGAUCCAACUUAUAAGGAAGUACAAGUGGGAGUGAUUCUUGACAUGGAAUCAGGGGUAGGGAAGGUCAUUUAUCGUUGCAUUACCACAGCUAUUUCUGACUUUUACUCAGCCAAUCCUCACUACACAACAAGGAUAGUUUUUACAACCAGGGAUACCAAAGGAGAACCUCUGAGUGCCUUGUCCUCUGCUCUGGAUCUUCUGGAGAACACUGAAGUGAAAGCAAUAAUAGGUCCAGAAUCAACAGCCGAAUCAAGAUUGUUGAAGGUUUUGGAAGACAAGGCUAACAUACCGAUUCUUUCCUUCUCAACAACUCCCUUUUUGAAUAGGAAUCCUAAUCUUCUUGGAAUCCCACAAGAUGAAACUACUCAGUUCCAAGGCAUUGCUGGUAUGGUAGACUUGUUUAAAGCAACGAAUGUGAUUGUUAUCUGUGAGGACACUGCAAAUGGGAGAGAAAUGGCCAAUUAUAUGGUUAGUGCGUUUCAAGAGAAACACAUACGCAUUACAUAUAUUACCCUAAUUUCAACUUUUUCCAGCAAUGAACAAGUCAAGGUAGAGCUUCGCAAGCUUCAAACUAUGCAAUCCAUGGUGUUUGUCAUGCAUACACCACCUUCUCUAGCGACUGAUGUUUUCUCCAUGGCAAAAGAGUUGGGCAUGAUGGAUGAAGGAUACGUGUGGAUCAUAACAAGUAAGACUACAAACUACUUGGAUUCCAUGGAUGCUGAAGCAAUCAAAACAAUGCAGGGGGCUGUGGGUUUCAAAUCGUAUGUUCCAGCAUCAGGGGAGCUUCACAGCUUUGUUUCAAAAUGGAGAAAGGAACAUUAUGCGUUGGACCCUUUUAUGGAGUUUAAGGAGGUAGAUUUUAAUGGUAUAUGGGCAUAUGAUGCAGUCUACGCACUUGCCAUGGCUGUUGAGAGCGUACAAACUAGAGAAUUAGCUUCGAAAGAGUUGGGUACCAAUAUUGGCACAUCACUACUUUUAGAUAAGAUGUUAAGAGUCAAGUUCCAUGGUUUAGGUGGUGAAUUCAAGCUUAUGAAUGGAAGAUCCAUCACCAAAGUCAUGGAAGUGGUGAAUGUGAUCGGUAAGGGUGAUAGGAGGGUUGGGUUCUGGAUGAUGUCUACGAAUGGUGAGUUUGUGAAAGGGAUUGGAAUCCCGGAUUCCAUUUCCAACCGUGGAUUGCAAAGUAUCAUCUGGCCAGGUGGGACUACCACCUUUCCAAAGCGUAGGAUUCUACAAACAAAUGGCAAUAAGAAGCUGAGAAUUCUGUUUCCAAAUUUCGGUAGAUUCCCAAACUUAGUACAAGUGACUGUAGAUCCCAAAACAAAUGUAUCGGGUGUGAGUGGCUUCUGUGGGGAUGUUUUCAGUGCUGCGUUUAAAGCCUUAGACUAUGGAGUAGGGAUUGAGGUUGUUCCAUUUAAAUAUGAGGUUGGAAUUACUUACAACGAUCUAAUUCAAAAAAUCUAUCGUAAGGAAUAUGAUGCUGCUAUCGGGGAUUUUACAAUCACAACAAACAGAUCUCUCUAUGUCGACUUCACAAUUCCCUUCACUGAUCUUGGAGUUGGUAUAGCAGCCCGAAACACCAAGAACAGCAUGUGGAUCUUCUUAGAUCCUUUUAGUGCGGGUCUUUGGAUCACAAGUGCUUGUUUCUUUCUCUUUUUGGGGUUUGUCAUUUGGUUUAUCGAACAUCCUACAAACAAAGAAUUUCAAGGUUCAAUGAUACAACAGAUAGGAACCACCCUCUGGUUUGCCUUUUCAACCCUUGUUUAUGCUCACCGGGAGAAACUGCAAAGUAAUCUAUCAAGAUUCGUGGUUAUUGUUUGGGUUUUUGCAGUGCUUGUUCUCACAUCAAGUUACACUGCAACAUUGAGCUCUGUUUUAACAGUACAACAGAUUGGAAUGAAUGAGAUCUCUACGGGAUUCCAGAAUCUUUCUCCAGUAGGAGGAUAUGUAUUUAACAAACUGAAACCUGUUGAUGUCAAUUUGGAGAAACUAUAUACACCUGAGGAUUACUCUAAAGCAUUAAGAAAUGGAAGAGUUGAUGCAAUCGUCUCUGAGAUUCUUUACAUCAAAUCAUUCCUUGCAAUGUAUCCAGCUACCGAUGUCUCCUUGAUUGCAACAGCAUCCACCACCAAUGGUUUUGGUUUUGCGUUCCAAAAGGGUUCGCCCUUGGCGAGAGAGGUGUCGACUGAGAUAGCGAAGAUGCGGGAAGACGGGACAUUGAAAGCAUUAGAGGAUAAAUGGUUGAAACGUGAAUCUGCAAUGAUGUCAAAGGAUUUUUCUUCCCCUUCACCAAAAAUCUUGAAUCUUUACCGGCUUCGAGGUCUCUUUGUUAUCAGUGGUGUGUCGAUGGCAUUAGUCCUUUUUGUGUCCAUGAUUCAUCUUCUUCACAAAAAAUGGCAUGCCAAAAAUAUAACAAAGACACUAAGGUCUGUCUUACGAAAUACAUGCACAAGAUAGUGAUGUGGAAUUAACAUAUUUUUAAAGUUAAAUUCUAACCAUUAUACUCCACGUCUUAUUUCUAUAUAAAAAUCAUAAUAUGUGGUCA